UCAAAACCUCUUGUUCAAUUUUUGAAAUAAAAUAAAGAAAAAUUAAAGAUGAUGUUUACAUUAGUACUAAAGUAUAUCCUCGUGAUAGUCAUGACUUUGAUAUUGAGAGUUCUAUACGACUCUAUUUGUUGUUACUUCCUCACACCAAGACGCAUCAAAAAGUUUAUGGAACGUCAAGGCGUCACCGGCCCUAAACCUCGCCACCUUACCGGAAACAUCAUCGAUAUCUCGAAAAUGCUCUCUCACUCUUCUUCUAAAGAUUGUUCCUCCAUCCACCAUAACAUUGUCCCACGACUUCUUCCUCACUACGUCACUUGGUCUAAACAAUACGGGAAGAGAUUUAUCGUAUGGAACGGGACAGAACCGAGGCUAUGCCUGACUGAGACAGAGAUGAUUAAGGAACUGCUAACAAAGCACAACCCCGUCACCGGGAAAUCAUGGUUGCAACAGCAAGGGACUAAAGGGUUUAUCGGGCGUGGACUACUCAUGGCCAACGGCGAGGCUUGGCACCACCAGCGUCACAUGACGGCUCCAGCUUUCACACGUGAUAGGCUCAAAGGAUACGCUAAGCAUAUGGUGGAGUGCACGAGUUUGAUAGCGGAGAGGCUUAGAAAGGAAGGUGAGGAAGAGGUGGAGAUCGGAGAGGAGAUGCGGCGGCUCACGGCGGAUAUAAUCUCGAGGACGGAGUUUGGAAGUAGUUGUGACAAAGGAAAAGAGCUUUUUAGUUUACUCACUGUCCUUCAACGUCUUUGUGCUCAAGCCACUCGCCAUCUUUGUUUUCCCGGCAGCCGGUUUCUACCGAGCAAAUACAAUAGGGAGAUAAAGUCUUUGAAAACAGAAGUGGAACGUCUUUUGAUGGAAAUUAUAGAGAGCCGAAGAGACAGCGUAGAGAUUGGUCGGAGUAGCUCAUACGGAGACGACCUCUUAGGGCUUCUCUUGAACCAGAUGGAUCGCAACAAGAACAACCUUAAUGUUCAGAUGAUAAUGGAUGAGUGCAAGACAUUUUUCUUCACGGGUCAUGAGACAACUUCUCUUCUCCUCACGUGGACUCUCAUGCUCCUUGCUCAUAAUCCAACCUGGCAGGACAAGGUUCGUGAGGAGGUCCGACAAGUUUGUGGCCAAGAUGGUGUCCCUUCCGUUGAACAGCUCUCAAGUUUUACUUCGUUAAACAAAGUGAUAAACGAGUCACUAAGACUUUACCCUCCCGCUACUCUUCUACCAAGAAUGGCAUUUGAAGACAUAAAACUUGGUGACCUUGUCAUCCCUAAAGGUUUAUCUAUAUGGAUCCCUGUCCUUGCAAUCCAUCAUAGUAAAGAAUUAUGGGGCGAAGAUGCGGAUGAGUUCAACCCUGAUCGAUUUGGGACUAGAAGUUUUGCAUCUAAUCGACAUUUCAUGCCUUUUGCGGCUGGACCAAGGAACUGCAUUGGCCAAACUUUUGCAAUGAUGGAGGCAAAGAUAAUACUAGCAAUGCUUGUUUCCAAAUUCAGUUUCGCGAUAUCGGAUAACUAUAGACAUGCUCCUAUAGUUGUUCUUACUAUAAAACCAAAGUAUGGAGUUCAAUUAGUUUUGAAGCCACUUGAUUCUUGAAAGGAGGCAAAUGUCUAGUUAAGCUGUCUGAGAGAGUUCUCAUUUUUGAGUGACAUGAGGGAUUUGUAACUGAAACGAUUUUGAAAUGAGAGUAUAAUAUAAUGAAGUCUUUUUAUUUA